AUGAUUGAGCAAGCUUAUGACAAUCCACACGAGGCAUUAUCAAGAGUUAAACGACACCUCCUCACCCAACGGGCCUUCAAAGAAGUUGGAAUAGAGUUUAUGGAUUUAUAUAGCUACUUGAUUCCUGUGUACGAAAUAGAGCCUCUUGAGAAGAUUAUAGAUGCAUAUCUUGAUCAAUAUAUGGCGGUAUGUAAAGCCAGCAGAUUCAGAACCACCACCUCUUUUGGUUUACAAAUGGUGUCAAGGCUUCUUCGUUUGGUUCUAGACCACAACAUUGUUGAUUAUGUCACUGCAAAAAACAAUGUUAUCUUGUCAUUUAAGGAUAUGAGCCACACAAAUUCAUAUGGUCUUAUAUGUGGACUACAAUUUGCAUCCUUUGUUGUUCAAUACGAGUCUGAAUUUUGUUUUCACAUUUGA